AAGGUAUUUCUUUUUACUUUUGCGUUUGCACAGGCCACUCCACCGGUUCUCCUAUUCUUCCUAGCACAAAGGGGAGGAAGUAAAGCCUUCCCCUCGCCGGAGAUGCUGCCGUCGGCGACCGGGUACACUGCCGGCGACGUCCACUCGGCACGCGAGAUGUUCCAUCCCUUCUACCUCUGACUUCUUGCGCACGCGGCCUCUAGUAGAUAGUAAUUGGACACUUCAUACUUGGAUUGGAUCUCUAGAUAGCCUAGAAGGUGAGCGGGCGUGGAAGGAGAAAUCCGGGAAGCGAUGAGCUUUAGCGCCGCAAGAGUCUCGGAGCAUGGCGGCGAGUUCGAGGAGGCAAGGGGGAUGCCGGCAGAGGUGAGCUGGGAGAUGCUCGACAAGUCGCGGUUUUUUGUACUCGGCGCCGCGCUCUUCUCUGGCGUCUCCGCGGCGCUAUAUCCGGCCGUCGUCCUCAAGACGCACCUCCAGGUUGCUGCCCCCGCACAGGCCGCGGCCUCGGCGGCAGCGGCGGCGAUUCUCCGGCGCGACGGUCCCCGAGGGUUCUACCGUGGCUUCGGUGCGUCCCUCGCGGGCACGGUGCCCGCGCGCGCUCUCUAUAUGGCGGCGCUCGAGGCCACCAAGAGCGUCGUGGGCUCCGCCGCCCUCCGCCUCGGCGUCGCGGAACCGGCCGCCUCGGCUGCCGCCUCGGCCGCGGGCGGCGUCUCCGCUGCCGUAGCCGCGCAGGUCGUCUGGACCCCGGUGGACGUCGUCAGCCAGCGUCUCAUGCUUCAGACGGCGCCCCUCGCUGCCGCCCGCUACCGCGGCGGUACCGACGCGUUCCGGAAGAUCCUACUCGCGGACGGCGUGCGCGGCCUGUACCGCGGCUUCGGCAUCUCGGUGCUGACCUACGCGCCCUCCAGUGCCGCGUGGUGGGCCUCCUACGUGACCGCGCAGCGGCUCCUCUGGCGCGCCGUCGGCCCCGCGGCGCACGACAGCCGCGGCGCCGCGAUAGCCCUGCAGGGUGCGAGCGCGGCCGCGGCGGGAAGCGCGGCGGCGCUGGUGACGAUGCCGCUGGACACCGUGAAGACGCGGCUGCAGGUUAUGGACGCUGGGGCGCAGGCGCCGACGCUCGCGGCCGCGGCGCGCGCGCUAGUUCGGGAGGGAGGUUGGUCUGCUUGCUACCGCGGGCUCGGGCCGCGGUGGGCGUCCAUGUCGCUGUCUUCGGCCACCAUGGUCACCGUCUACGAGUUCUUGAAGCGGCUCUCGGCCAAGGAAGGCUCCCUCUAAGCUCUGGAUCAAAGUGUAUCCAUGGAUGAUCCUUGUAAGCAUCCAUGUCCAAAUGCGAAUAUCCUGCACUGAUCUCUUGAUGGGAUGUUAGGAAGCAAGAUUUCUGCUGGGUUUGUCUGUUGAUGACGAUGAUGAUGAAUUUUGUAAAAUAAAGAUUUGUGUAUAUACUUCUAGGAAUAUUGUUGUGGGUCUCAUUCCUCCAUGGUGCGAAUGUUGGCAACUGUGGCCACUAGAACUGCUGGUGGGCAUUUACGCUUUCGCGUGUAACAAAGAUCAGAAGAUAUUUCGAGGGAAAUGUUCUGUUGCGGACCAA